CCGCUCUCCGUCUCAUCAAGAGAGAAAGAAAGAGAGAGAGAGAGAGAGAGAGAGAGAUUGACUGUUUGUGAGUAAAGUCUGAUCCCACACGAGGUAACAAUUCGGGGAGCCUCGUGGUCCAAGACUGAGAUAUACAUAUAUAUAUAUCAUACAUAUAUGCGCACGUGUGACUUGGCGUCACGGUGACGGUAGACAGAUCAGGUAGUCCAUCAUUGACCGUUCUUUGCUAGCGCAGAGUAUUCCACUUGAUUUUAACGCGCGACACGCGAUGUCCCUGUCCGCUAGACUGCUUGCCGCCACCAGGCACCGCGCGUCUCUCGACGGUGCCCGGCGAACCGUCGUCAGGUAUGCGUCGACCAGCAGCGCACGAGACGACGGCAGCUCCAUCGAGAAGUCAGUAUUCGUCUCGCAAUCCACGGAUGUGUUCGUCAAUCUGGCGCUGGAGCACUGGCUGUACCACAACUUCGACUUCUCCAAGCAUCACGUUCUGCUCUUCUGGAGGAACGAUCCGUGCGUGGUGAUCGGCCGCCACCAGAAUCCCUGGCUCGAGUGCAAUGUUCAGGCGGCCGAGAAGGCGGGCGUCGCGCUGGCGCGCCGUAACAGCGGCGGCGGUACCGUUUACCACGACAAUGGCAAUCUCAACCUGACCUUCUUCACCGCGCGCGAGAGAUACAAUCGAAGGUACAAUCUAAACAUCAUCACAAACGCCCUGUUUCGCCAAUGGGCCGUGAAGAGCGUCAUCAACAAACGCGAAGAUAUUCUAGUCAACGAAGACUGCAAGAUAUCUGGAACAGCUGCAAAAUUGGGAAGGCCAAACUCUUAUCAUCAUUGUACACUGUUGGUCAAUGUGAACAAAGACAACCUAAGUUCGAUUCUUGAAAGAAAAGAGAAUGCUAUUGUUACAAAUGCAACAACUUCUACACGCUCUCCAAUAACAAACUUGUCGGAUAUAAACCAGAAUAUCCAAAUGGAUAAACUCUUAUCUGCUAUUGGCUGGGAAUAUCUGCGAACGGAAGCCCUCGUUCUUGAAGACGGAAGAUAUGAUCUGGUGCAACAGCAAAAGGGGUUCAAGUUUAUCAACCCAAGUGAAGGUUGGUUCCCUGGAAUUGAUAAGUUCAUUGACGAAUUCCGUUCCUGGGACUGGGUUUUCGGCAAAACGCCAAAGUUUACAGUCACCCGCACGCUUGAAUUCCCUGCCCACGAUGGUAAAAUAUAUCAUCUGAAUUUGAGCUUGGAAGUGCAAAACUGUAUUGUAGAGGAGAUCAAAAUGAGUUUGCCCGCUGGAUUAGUAUCGACCAACUUCACCCAAGAGGCGAGCGUGAUUAGUAAUAUUCGCGGUACGAGGUACAAUCACGAAGUAUUGGAAAACAUAAUUGCCGCAAUUGGCGGUAAAACCGUCACUUUAAAUACUGCCCAAAGCGUAGAUGAAAACAAUAUGAGGCUUGACGAGGUUACGCUGCAAUGACUCGGAAUUUCACAUAAUCACAAUUCUGCUCCUAGCACUAUUGUGUUCAAACGAAAAUAAUUAUUGAAAUUAUACGUUGUAUUAUACAUAUUGUACAUACAUAACAUAUUAUGUGCCUAUAAUAUUUUAUAUAUAUGCGUGAUAUAACAAAAAAUUUUAAAAAAUUGUUAUUUAGUAGUAUCAACUACUAUCAUUGCAGUGUUAUAGGUAUUGAUUAAGAAUGUAUAAAAUGUACAUUAUACAUAAUUCUGCCAUCGUUGAUAUUAUUGAGAAGACGAGAUAUAUCAUAUUUUAAUUUUUUUAUUGUUAGUGAAUGAAUUAUUUUAUAAAUAAAAAAAGAUUUUCUAUAA